UAAUUAUUUAUUUUAUAUUAAGUUUACAUCUUAUAUUUAAGUUACUAGAUGUCGGUAAAUGUCGAUAAAGUAGAAUUGUUAUUUUCUGUUUGUUUCCAUAGAAACCAUUCAACAACAAUAUCGAUUUUUAGGUUAACUUAUAAACUCAAUUUAUUUAAAUAAAAAGGAUUAAGUUAAUAUUAAAAAUGGGUAAAAAAUCGAAAAGUUUUGCAAAUAAACUUGCAAAAAUGUCGGAUGAUCAGCGUGCGAAAUACAUGCAAUUGAAAGCCGAUCAAGAGGAGGAAAAUCGCCGCAGAAAAGAGCAACUUUUAAACACGUUUAUGAAAAAUAAAAUUCGCAAAGAGGACGUUUUUUCCCGUUUAAACAAAGCAAAAAUUAACUUGGAGUGGCACCAAUUUUUAAGGCAAAAGAAAUGCACCGAGAUGAAAGAGAAUUGCGAACAUUUAAGACGAUGGCUUGAAAGAACGUUGAAUAUAAAAAAUAAAGUCAUCGAUAAUUUAGUUAAAGAACUCGAUGAGGCUGAGUUUCAAUACUCAAACAAUUUACAGUCGCAUUUAUUGCGUAUCGAUGAGAUGCUUAAGUUUUUCAAGACUUAUUCGCAUCAAUUAAAGGAACAAUUCGAUUGCGAUUUAAGUAUAUCUUUAGACGAGUGGGUUUUUGAAGGGGAAAUAAUUAAAAAUCGCUCUGAGGGUGAUAUCGAACAUCUUAAAACGAUCUUUUUCGGACAAGAACAUCAAGGGGAGAACGUUUUGCAAGAACAACAUGAUUAUUACUUAAAAAAAUUGGAUGAAUUUGCAAAAGAGAAUAAACAAGAAUUACAACAAUUAAAGAAAUGUAAAGAGGCACUGUCUGGUGAAAUUUGGUCAAAAAUUUUAUUAACAAUUAAUAUUUACGUAGAUAAAACGGAUAAAAGGCGUGCUCAAUUAGCUGAGAUGCAAAGAAUUGAUAAUGAAUUUUCUGAGGAAAUUAAUAAAAAUGUGGAAAAAAUUAAGUUGGAAGAAAUACAAAUCGAAAGAUAUCGGGGCGAAUUAAAAACGUUAGUUUCACAAAGAACUGAGAGUAUAAAUUUUUUAAAAAACACGAUUAAUGACUUAAAUAAGUUAACCUUAAAUUUAAAAAUGAGGUUAAAAAAGGAUUUGGAUCGUGAUGAAAAGAAAUUGAGGGUUUUGAGUGAGUCCGCAAAAGAAUCGAUGGAUGAGUUAAGGAAAUGGGAACGAAAAGGGGAGUUUUUGUUGGGUUUGGCUCAAAAUUGCCGAAAAUACGAAACGCAAAAAGAGAAAGUUUUAAGAUUUUCUAAGAAUGAAGUGAAUAAAGAGGAAUUUUUUGUUGUUGAAGAGGAAAAUAAUUUAAACGGUUUUAUGAAAAUUAAUAUUCAAGAACAAAAAGAUGAAGAAAAAGAUUCCGAGGAAAUCGAAGAAGAAGAAGAAGAAGAAAAGGUUGAAAAUGAAAUUUUUAAAACCGCAACUUAUAAAAUCUUAAUUAAACAAAAAUUUAAAUUAAAACCGAUCAAAUCGGAGAUUAAUUUAAGCGAAAAAGUACAAAAAGAACUCGAAACAUUCGAAUUAAAACAAAAAUGUUUAAAAAAACCGAUUGAUUUAAUCCAACAAGCACCAAAAUCGUCAAAACCUACGUCAACCGGCAUUAUCGAUGAAUCUUUAGACUAUUUAAUGAAAUUGAACGGAAUUUGGAACCUUUUUAAUAAAGUCAAAAUAGAUUGUGGGGAUUUAAAAGCAGAAAAGUUGAUUUUAUUGGAAGAAAAUCAACGUUUAAAAUGUUUGUUAAAACGAAUUUUAGAAGAAGCAGUUUUGGAAUCGAGAAACGUUGAGAAAAAUAAAGUUAGAAGGUAUUUUUCGGCGCCCAUUAGGUACGCUUAAAUCCACAAAGACUUUUUUUGUAUUAACUACUCAACUCAACAAGAAGAAGUCUUUAAAUAUUUAAGAAAUACUCGAAAGUGUGUUUAAAUAGAAUUUAUUUGCUUUUAACUUCUAAAAGUAGAUUUUUAAUUUUGACGUUUGAGAUUGUGUUCAUUAUAAUUUGAAGUAUUUAUUUGUAGUUACAGGUAAUGUUAAUAGAUGGCGGUAAUGUCGAUUGAUUAUUGAAA